AUGAUGACACCUUCCAGGUCAUCUCUGGCUCUCAUGCUGCUUUUAUUCCAGCUGACAUCUGCUAACUCAGGGGUAUCAAAAUGUGAAAGAAAUGAGUUCCACUGCGGAGAUGGCAAAUGCAUUCCAUACAAGUGGGUCUGUGAUGGCAAUGAGGAGUGCAGGGAUGGAUCUGAUGAGUUCCCCGAGACAUGUCGAACUGUAACUUGCAGUGCUGAACAGUUCAGCUGUGGUGGGAGGACGAACCGAUGUAUCCCCCUGUCAUGGAAGUGCGAUCAUCAGGAAGACUGUGAAAAUGGCUCAGAUGAGAAGGACUGCACUCCCAUGCCUUGUGCCUCAGAUGAACAGUUUCAGUGCAAGAGUGGAAUGUGUAUCUCUCUGGAAUAUGUAUGCGAUGACGACCGUGAUUGCGAUGAUGGUAGUGAUGAAGAAAAUUGCCCAGUCCCAACCUGCAAUCCGAACUUCUUCAAUUGCAAGAACUCCACUUUGUGUAUUCCCAAGCUGUGGACCUGUGAUGGAGAUCCAGACUGUGAAGACAGCUCAGAUGAGGAAAACUGUGAAGGGAAAGAGCCAAUUAAGACUGACAAACCCUGUUCCAACCUGGAGUUCCACUGCGGCAGUGGAGAAUGCAUACACAUGAGCUGGAAGUGCGAUGGAGGGUUCGACUGCAAGGACAAGUCAGAUGAAAAGGACUGUGAAAAACCAACUUGCAGCCCGGAUCAGUUCCAGUGCAAUGAUGGAAAGUGUAUUCAUGGCAGUCUGCAGUGCAACCAAGAAUAUGACUGUGAUGAUCAUAGUGAUGAAUUUGGAUGUCGAAAUGUGACAAAAUGUGAGGGUCCAAACAAGUUCAAGUGUCACAGUGGAGAGUGCAUCAGCAUGGACCAAGUGUGUAAUGGUGUGCGAGACUGCAGAGACUGGACUGAUGAGCCCCUGAAGGAAUGUGGUGAAAACGAAUGUCUGAAAAAACAAUGGUGGAUGUUCUGAUAUCUGCAAAGACCUUAAGAUCGGUUAUGAGUGUUUAUGUGAAGAGGGCUAUCGGCUCCUGAAUGGAAAGAAAUGUGAAGAUAUCGAUGAAUGUGAACAACCUGACAUUUGUAGUCAGAUUUGCAUUAACCUUGAAGGAAGUUACAAAUGUGAAUGCGAAGAAGGCUACCAACUAGAUCCAGCAACCGGCUCCUGCAAAGGCAUUGGGACAGUGGCAUACCUGCUCUUUACCAACCGUCAUGAAGUGAGGAAGUUGACACUGGACAGGAGGGAGUACACCAGUUUCAUCCCUCGUUUGAAAAAUGUGGUGGCUUUAGAUAUGGAGAUAUCCAACAAUAGAAUCUACUGGUCUGAUCUAUCACAGAGGAAAAUUUACAGUGCCUAUAUGGACAAGGCUCAUAACUUUUCUCACCAUGAGACUGUGAUUGGGAACGAGAUCCAAGCUCCAGAUGGUAUUGCUGUAGAUUGGAUCCAUGCCAACAUCUACUGGACAGACUCUGUCUACGGCACCAUUUCUGUGGCCAACACACUUGGAACCAAGCGUAAAACUCUCCUCAGGGAAGGUCUAGUUAAGCCACGUGACAUUGUGGUGGAUCCCACCAAAGGCUUUAUGUACUGGACUGACUGGGGUUUCCCUGCAAAGAUUGAGAAGGGAGGCCUAAACGGUGCUGCCAGACAGACUCUUGUUAGCGAGAAUAUUGAGUGGCCUAAUGGCAUUACUCUGGAUAUGAUCAGUCAGCGGUUGUACUGGGUGGAUUCCAAACUGCAUACUCUAUCUAGCAUCGAUGUUGCUGGUGGAAACAGGAGGAUGGUCAUAUUCGAUGAAAACCACUUAGCUCACCCUUUCGGCCUCACCAUCUUUGAGGAUCUGGUGUUCUGGACCGAUAUUGACAAUGAAGCUAUAUUCAGUGCCAACAGACUGACUGGAAGUCAGAUAAGAAAGGUCGCUGAAGGCCUUCAAUCCCCGGAAGACAUUGUCCUGUAUCACAACCGAGGACAGCCUACAGGUGACAAUUGGUGUUCCUCUCACCACCUUGGCAACGGAGGUUGUGAAUACUUGUGUCUGCCCGCUCCACAAAUCGGCACUCGUCCACCUAAGUACACAUGUGCUUGCCCUGAUGGAGAACACCUUGGUCCAGAUAUGAGGAGCUGUGUGAAAGAACUUGUUACUCCACAUGCCACUAAGUUCACCUCUCCUCUGGUUACGACAACGCCUUCCACGGUCACCACUCCCAGAACUACUCUCCUUGCCAAGAUUACUUCUACACCAAGGAGGUCCACUACUGUGAAGCCUGAACAGCCAACAGCAAGGCCUAAGACCACUGUUUCAUCUACCACAAGCCGACCAGUUGCUAAAACGGAAAUGCCCCAGACUGCGAAAGCAAAUCCUGAUCUCUCUACCCCAGAACUUUCUACAAUGUCACAUCCAGCUGAAAAUAACAUUGAUGUUAAGAUGCAAACUACAAAUUCCCAUACCCAGUCCAAUGCCAUUUACGCUGUCAUUCCUAUUGUAAUAAUCUGCCUGUUGGCUUUUGGAGGCUUCCUGUUAUGGAGAAACUGGAGGUUAAAGAACACCAACACUAUCCACUUUGACAAUCCUGUGUAUCAGAAAACCACAGAAGAUGAUGAGAUCCACAUAUGCAGAAGUCAGGAUAGUGGAUACACAUACCCAUCGAGACAGAUGGUGAGUUUGGAAGAUGACGCUGCUUGA